UUUAAUCAUGUGAAAUGUGAAUGAGUGCAGGAAUGUUUCGGUGGUUUGGAUUAUGUUUUUUUGGGUGAAAAUUGAGACCAAUAAUUUUGCACUCGCUUGAAAAUAAUUCAUUAUUCAAUUCAUCAAUUAUUUCUAAGAACAGAAUAAAAAUAAUCUUCUAAUUUUGUUACUUGAAAAGGCCUCUGUUUGUUUGUGAAUUACGAUGGCGGAUGUGUUAGACAUUGAAAAUUCUGAAGAGUUUGAGGUUGAUGAAGACGGUGAACAGGGAAUUGCUCGUUUGAAGGAGAAAGCACGUAAACGUAAGGGACGUGGUUUUGGUUCCGAAUCUGGUGGCGGUGGUGGUAACGAAAGGGGAAGUCGUGGCAGAUAUGAUAGUCUUGCUCCAGAAGGUGAUGGAAAUACUCCAGGCCCACAAAGAUCAGUUGAGGGUUGGAUCUUGUUUGUCAGUAAUGUGCAUGAGGAGGCACAAGAAGAAGAUAUUCAGAAUCAGUUCUCUGAAUUUGGUGAAAUUAAGAACAUACAUUUGAAUUUGGAUCGGCGCACUGGUUUUCUCAAAGGUUAUGCACUGGUGGAAUAUGAAACAUACAAGCAAGCUGCGAGCGCACGCGAAGCGUUGGACGGAGCUGAUAUUCUUGGCCAAGCGAUCUCUGUGGAUUGGUGCUUUGUGAAAGGGCCUACAAAGGUGCAUAAAAGGCGUCGAUAGUAAUAAGAUCUUAAUAAACAUAAUUUUGCAAAA